AUGGGAAAUGAACAUUUAAUAUUGGCACAGUCCUAUGACUCUUCCACACUUAUGCAUCAGUGUACGCUUUACUGCUUUGAGUUUGAGUCCAACUCUCCAACUUUAAGUCUGUUCGUUAAGUCAUUUAAGGCUGGAAUGUACGACGAGAUCGAUGCCCAUCCCAAGGCUUCAUGCUAUGCCAAGCACGUCCUACUAAUAUUUGUGCUCAUGUCGUGCUUUGUCUCAUUUAAACGGGAUGGGCUCGGGUCGUGUUGGGUCAGCCCGUCUUGUUUGACACAUCUACUUCCGCCUCAUCAUGAUCAUGUUCUAACUGCUAAUAAUGAUGCUACUCAUGUCACGGGAGCUAGUUCUGUACUCUUGACACCUGCUUUACCAUUGGACAAAGUGUUACUGAUGACGUGGCAACUAGUCGAGUUCUUCGUGCUAGUAGCACCAAAACUUCUCAGCAUCACCGGAUUUGGUUGCUACAUUGCCGAUUUGAUCAUGCAUCCUUUGGAUAUUUACAACAUUUAUUCCCUGCAUUAUUUAAUGGUGUCAACGACUCUGCUUUCCAAUGUCAGACUUGUAUUUUCGCUAAGAGUCAUCUGGUAUCCUACCCUCCGAGUUAAUGAGGUCGCUAAACGUAAAAAUGGGGAGAUCAUUCCUGCUACCCAUGCUCUGUUGCUUGGUGCGUCAGUUCUAAAGCGGGGGACUGGUAUUGGAUGGUUUGAUACAAGGGGAGACCCGGCUGAACCUGCUGAACAUGCUACACCAGUUGAACCUACUAUUUUAAUUGAUGCCGCUGCUGUCACUAAACUUAUUGCCCCUCCCCCCUAA